UGUUCUGUAUCCACAUUGCAAUAAAUUCUCUAGUUCUUUAUUGGAAAAAAAUGUACAAAGUUUUUCCGUGCUCCAGGACGUGAUCAGGUUGGCGCGUGAGUGUGGGAGGAGGAAUGGGGAGCCAAGCGGCGGGGCAGCGGCGGCAAUGGACACUGUGUCUGGUGACCGUGGUGGCGCUGCUGGAGAGCGCGGACGAGGCGCUGCUGCCGGCGGUGUACAGGGAGGUGGGCGCGGUGCUGGGCGCGUCGCCCACCUUGCUGGGCUCAAUCACGCUGUGCCGUGCGGUGGUGCAGGCCAUGUGCUACCCGCUCGCGACCUGCGCAGCGGCGCGCUACGACCGCGCGCGCGUUGUCGCCGCUGGAGCCUUUCUCUGGGCCGUGGUGAACAUGCUCGUGGGCGCCUCGGACACCUUCGUACAGAUGGCGAUCGCGAGGGUCCUCAACGGCGUCGGGCUGGCGCUCGUGCUGCCAGCUGUCUACGCGCUGGUCGCCGACUACAGCGACGACGCCACGCGCGGCUCCGCCUUCGGGUGGGUGUACAUGGCACAAGGCAUGGGCGCCGUCAUGGGGAGCUCCCUCGGCGUGCUGCUGGCGCCCAUGAGCUUCCUCGGCGUCCCCGGUUGGCGGCUAGCAUUCUACACCGUCGCUCUCGUCAGCAUCUCGGUCGCUGUCUUGACGUGGCUGUUCGCCAGCGACCCCAGGACCAGUAGCACGAAGGCCACAGCCACGGUGGCGGAGCUUGUCCGAGAAGCCAAAGACGUGGUGAGUGUGCCGACGUUCUGGAUAAUCGUGGCGCAGGGGGCGGCCGGAUCGGUGCCGUGGUCGGCGCUCAGCUUCGCUGUCAUGUGGCUGGAGCUCGUGGGGUUCACGCACUGGGAGACCACCGUGAUUACCAACCUGAACUGCCUCGCCAAUGCUCUCGGCGCGCUGUUUGCGGGGUUCGUCGGGGACCCCGUGGCGCGGCGGUUCCCCGACACGGGCCGGGGAUACUAUUACAGUAUCCCCUAUCACUAUUACAGCAUCCAUCAAUCCCUCCAUCUUCAGCAGCUACUUUAUAUCUCAUCCACUAUCUUCUCUCCCCUAUAUUAA